AUGUUGUGCCUUCCUUCCUGUGACAUCUUCUGUGCAGUUUAAUUUCAUGCUUGACAUUUGAACCGGACACAUUUGUUCCGAGUACUUCUUCGCGAUAGUUCUCAUUGUACUGUUAAUAGGGUGACAUCGCAAAUGAUUUAGUGAAAUUUUAAUAAAUCUUUCUUUUCACGAGAAUUUUCAAUCUUUUCAAUUUUCGCGGUAGAAGAAAAGUCGGAAAAUGGGGGUUUCUAAAAUGUUGUUAGGCGCCUUGCUAGGCUUUGCUUCUUUGAACGGCGUUCAAUCAGCGACGCCUGAUGAAUGGAGAACUCGUUCAAUAUAUCAAGUAUUUACAGAUCGAUUCGCUAGAAUAGAUGUUACAAAUACUACGGAUUGCCCUUCUCAAACUAGAGGAUAUUGUGGUGGGACAUGGCAAGGCAUAAUCAACAAGCUUGAUUAUAUCCAGGAUAUGGGAUUCACAGCAAUUUGGAUAUCACCAGUUGUUGAACAGGUCGCGGAUCCAGGUCGAGGUUUUCACGGGUAUUCCGCUCAGAAUUUAUAUGGUUUAAACAGUCACUUUGGAGACGCAUCGGAUUUGAAAGCAUUGGCUAACGCACUUCAUGAUCGAGGAAUGUACUUGAUGGUUGAUGUCGUGGCGAACCAUAUGGGAUCUGAUGAUACUGCGCAUAACGUCGAUUUCAACAUCAUGAACCCAUUCAACGACGGCAAAUAUUUUCAUGAUGUCUGUUUCAUUAAUGAUUAUAACAAUCAGACGAAUGUCGAACUAUGCGAACUUGGAACAGAGAAGUAUCCAUUACCAGAUCUAAACACUACUCGACAAGAUGUUCGAGAUCUCUUUACUACUUGGAUCGAGUCACUAGUAGCCAAUUAUUCAAUUGACGGAUUGAGGGUGGACACUGUUAGACAUGUGGAAAAAGAUUUUUGGCCUUUAUUCAAUGAAGCAGCCGGGGUCUAUUGUGUCGGCGAAGUGGCAGAUGGGGAUGUAGAUUAUCUAUGUCCGUACCAAGAUUACAUAGAUGGACUCCUUUCCUACGCGUCGUAUUAUCAACUCACAAAAUUCUUUUCCAACACCUCUGCAACGUCAGAGAACUUGAUAGGACAACUGCAAUCCCAAAAUUAUCGAUGUAAAGACACAACACUUCUCGGAUCCUUCACUGAGAACCACGAUCAACCCCGCUUCGGAAAUUAUACCAGUGAUCUUACAUUGGCUAGAAACAUCAUCACAUACACGAUGUUAGCCGAUGGUAUCCCAAUUAUCUAUCAAGGUCAAGAACAACAUUUUCAUGGCGCAACUGAUCCUUAUGAUCGUGAACCAAUAUGGCCCACAGGUUACGAUACUAGUUCCCCACUUUAUGUCCUUGUCAAGCAAUUGAAUGCUAUACGUUCUUUGGCAAUAGCACGCUCGGAUACAUAUGCGACUGAUCAAACCCAAAUCGCUUACUCAGAUCCGCAUAAUACUGCGUUUCGGAAGGGGAAUGGGAAAUGUAUGACCCUAAUGGUACUGAACAAUAUCGGUGAGAGUGCAGAGUAUUACACGGUUGAGAUGAAGAAUGUGGGAUUUGAAGCUGGACUGGUAGUGACGGAUGUGUUGAGUUGUAGGAAUGUAAUGGUGGAUGAGUAUGGUGGGAUGAACGUGCCGUUUGUCAGUGGGUUGCCAAGUGUUUAUUAUCCUUUCUACUUACUUGCUGGAACAGGCUGGUGUGGUCAGUAUUGAGAUGGUAUACUUCCUAUCUGAUUGAUCUGAGUAGAGGAGACGUUUUCCUGUAUAUACUUAUAUCCACAAAAUUACCUCGCGGAUUCAUUGUUCAUAGCUUAGAAGAAAUUUUCGUAUAUAAUGAAGCUAUUGGUGAGGUCUAAUCCCUUUCAAGAGUCCUCCCUCUUUUUGAUAGCAUAAAAACGAUCUAAAGGU